GGGGUAGCCUCUUAACUUACUGCAGUCAACAUAGAAUUACAACCAUGCCCGUUGUUUGUAUAGCCUUUAGAAGCAACAAUUAGUGCUAUAUUGAGAGCAGAACACGUGGAAUUACUGUUCACAAAUGAAUGUUGGCGUAGCUCACAGUGAGGUGAACCCCAACACCAGGGUGAUGAACAGCAGAGGGAUAUGGCUCACCUAUCUCCUAUUGACUGUCGUGUUGCACGUCGUUCUACUCAGCAUUCCUUUCCUCACAGUGCCGCUUGUCUGGACCCUCACAAAUGUCAUCCACAACUUGGCGAUGUACCUGUUUCUACACACAGUGAAGGGGACCCCCUUCGAAACCCCAGACCAGGGCAAAGCUCGGCUCCUCACACACUGGGAACAGAUGGACAACGGCAUCCAGUUCACUUCUUCUCGCAAAUUCCUCACCAUUUCACCCAUUGUACUGUAUAUUCUCACAAGUUUCUACACAAAAUACGAUCCUACGCAUUUUUUCAUCAACACCUGCUCCCUUCUCAGCGUUCUCCUCCCCAAGCUCCCACAAUUCCAUGGUGUUCGGGUAUUUGGCAUCAACAAAUACUGACAGAAAGGAAACCUGGAUUCCAACACUGGACUUUUACAUUUCUGUUGCCUUUUGAACUGUCUUCAGUUUGGGAGAUGAGAGGAAAGAAGAAAGUGCACAGCUGUGCUUCCAUGAAAAUGUGUUUAUUUAUGUCUGACAUUCCUGUUGUUAAAUCCAGAUGAGGCUUGUGUUUGGUUGCUGCCCAAAAAGUGAAUGUUUUGUAGCAGGUCCUUCUGGUUGCAUGCAGCAUGUACACUCCUUGAAUAAACCCUUAUUUUAA